UAUGCAAAUGGGGUUUUGACUCCACUCGCAGGUUUUACGAAGAACUCCACGAGAUUUGGUGGCGUGGAUUGGGACGGUGUGAAGAACACCAAUAUACGCUUGCAACAAAUCGUACUCUUCUGCUCGGUUGCUAAAGCAUUUAGCUGUUGCUGCUGAGGUGAAGAGAAGCAAUUUCUCUGCAACUCACUCAGCCAACGCUCAUCAGGAGGAGGACGAUUGAGUUGGGAAUUUAGGGUAAAAACCGAACAAUAUUCUAAAGAGGAUAUAACGUUCUGGUAGAAGCAGAAAGCCAACCAAUUUCGUGCUUCCACAUCUUUUUGUGCUUCUACUACUAAGCUUUCAGAUUGGCGUUGGAGGAAGAGAGAUGUUGUACAUAGUGGGUCUGGGACUGGGCAACGAGAAGGACAUCACUCUCAGAGGUUUAGAAGCAGUGAAGAAAUGCGGAAAGGUCUACAUAGAGGCCUACACUUCUCUCCUCUCUUUCGGUCUCUCUUCCGAUGGCCUUUCCACAUUGGAACAGUUAUAUGGGAAAUUAAUCACACUAGCAGAUAGGGAAAUGGUGGAGGAAAAAGCAGAUGAAAUUCUAUCAGAGGCUCAUGGCUUUGAUGUGGCUUUCCUUGUUGUUGGGGAUCCUUUUGGAGCAACAACACACACUGAUCUUGUUGUUCGAGCAAAGAAGAUGGGGGUUGAAGUCAAGGUGGUACACAAUGCAUCAGUGAUGAAUGCAGUCGGUGUAUGUGGGUUACAACUCUACUGCUAUGGAGAGACAGUUUCAAUACCAUUUUUUACCGAAACAUGGAGGCCUGAUAGCUUUUAUGAGAAGAUUCAAAGAAACCGCAUACUCGGAUUACACACACUCUGCUUGCUAGAUAUACGAGUGAAGGAACCCUCACUGGAGUCCUUAUGCAGAGGAAGAAAGCAGUAUGAACCACCUAAAUACAUGACAAUAAACACUGCCAUUGAGCAGCUCUUGGAGGUGGAGCAAAAUCGUGGAGAAUCUGCGUAUGGUGAAGAGACUGAUUGUGUUGGGUUUGCUCGGCUGGGAUCUGAGGAUCAGAAGAUAGUUGCUGGUACGAUGAAGCAACUGCAGAUGAUUGAUUUUGGAACACCUCUGCAUUGCCUUGUCAUAGUAGGCAAGACCCAUCCGGUGGAAGAUGAAAUGCUGGACUUUUACAGACUUAAAGGAGAGAGUUUGGAACAGAUAGGUAAUAGGCAAUAGGAUUGUAUGAUUAUUUUUUUUUUUCCUCAAAAAGGAAAUGAGAUUGAUAUAUAUUGCCUCUUCAUGGAGGUUAGUCUUCCUUUUUGGUCUUGUGAUGAUCUAUUCUUGCUCUUUUAAUUGUAAAAGCAUUCACUUAAUCAUGCUUGAUCUUCUUUUCUACAAGACACUUCUCAUACUAACGUUAGCAAAGAUUUGAUUGCAGAAGUUGUGUAUGUCAUAUGGUGGCUGGGUUUGUUUGAGUUAAAAAUUUCAUUAUGGCAGUUUUACUGCUCAAGUGACGGUCACUGAAUGACUGGUAAUCAGAUGAAGAAUUUGUUUUUUUAGUA